AUGUUUCCAUUCCCAGCACAAGACGAGCCUGUGAGGCCAUUGACCGAAGAGGACCAGCAAAUCCUCCUGGGUCUUGCUCGUCGCUACGGCGUCUCUAGCAUUGUCUGCGCGCUCACCGGUCUUGGUGCUUCAUCACGAGCCUCCACCUUUUCAGCAUCCACACUACUCAGCAACACAAGCAACACAAGCGCGCCUUCGCUAUCAUGGAGCAACUCUGACGUUGGCCACGCGCGAUCCGACGCUGCAUCAAUCCGAACUCAAUCGACAUGGCAAGACAAUGCCGCCGACGUUCCCUCGAUUCAUGAUGGUGAAGUCGGCAAAGUUACCGAUCGUACUUGGCUUGAUUCGCCAAAUCUUAUGCAGUCACCCAUUCCUUCAUGCGAUGUCACCUCUCACCCGUCGCCCCGGCACGUCACACCAACCUCAAAGAAAUACCAGUGCCCUAUGUGUUUCUUGGACAACAACCCCGUGGGUUUCGGCAGGAAGAGCGACUUCAAGAAGCAUCUCUACAACUUUCACGGUGCUGACGUGACUUGGCUGUGCAAGACCAAGGGCUGCCAUCUAUCCUUUGCUACUGAGCGAGCCUAUAGCACUCACGCCAAGGAGACACACCGCAUGGACGCUCUCCCCAACAGCUCAGCAAAGACUGAGUUGUGUCCACAGGUCGUCUUUGGCUGCGGUUUCGGUAACUGCAAGGACCGCGUCUUUGAGGCCUCCACCAACGAGCAGGCAUCUGCCAGUCGCGACAAGUACUUUGAGCACAUCGCAAAGCAUUUUGAGGAUGGAUUUGAUGUAAACAACUGGGACUACAAGGCUCAGCUGCACAACUUGAUGCGACAGUCCAAGGUCAAGUCUAUCUGGAAAACUUGCAUAUGGCCCAAGGAGAAGAGACAGCAGCUCACAUGGCGCCCUCGUUCUUCUGGCGAUCUCAAGCGCAUGCUCGAGGCUCGCCACCUUGGUGAAGAUAUCUCUACUCUGGUUCGCCUGGCUUUCAUUCUUGGCACAUCACCAUUUACCAACCCUACCACACCGCCACCAAGCGAGAUUGACCUUCAGUUCUCCCUACCUUUCCGAUCACAAUGCUUGAUGGAUGCAGUAGGUCACCUCGAUGGCGCGCAGCCCAAGAUGGAUAACAGCAGUGACAUUGGCACACCCAUGGUCACUGUCACCAAACAGCCUCCUACAACGCCACAGCCCUCCUUCCCUGUUCGACGCAUUAAGCAGGAGACUCGACCAUCAACGCCAGUGGACGCCAUCCCUGAGCCUAUGGUUCGUGAUGACCUUACAGCUGGCCCUCAUCCAGGAACACCGUUUCCCAUCCCUAAUGAGCAUGUUUGGCCUGUUGACGCACCUAAAUUUGCACCCGAUCAGAUGAAUACUUUCGCGGAUGCCUCAAUGACCUACAUUCUACCAGGCCAAGAGCUUCCUCAACAACAAUGGGAUAUGACUGGCAUGGCGCAGCACUUCCCUCAACAAGACACUGUCAUGGGUAAUGUGUACAUGCCCAACCAGCAACAGCCCGUCGCUACUCGCCCUGCUACUCCGAUUCCUACAAAGCGACCUGGAUCUUGGGGCAAGCGACUGAGCCUCGAGAACCUGCGUCCCAAGAAGAAGUCCAGCGUUUAUGGCAGUCCCGCAUCCGAGCACGAAGCUGUCCCUCCUGUUCCAGCUAUGUAUGCCGAGAUGAUGCCCACAUCUGUACCAACGGGCUACGAACUGCCAAUGCGAAUGGGUCACCCUCAACAAGGCUACACAUCGAACCCUGGCUUCAUGCCUCACGCACAGCAACAGCAGUUCGGCUCACCCACAAGCUUCUACUUGGACGACAGCGACAUGAGACUAUAA